AUGUGUCUCCUGUUGGGAGCCGCGGGCGUCGGGAAGACGCUGCUGGUGAAGCGACUGCAGAAGCUGAGCGCCCCCGACGGGAAGGGUGACCUGGGGGACCCGCCCCCGACGCGGCCCACGGUGGGCACCAACCUCACUGAUAUCAUGAUACAGAAGAAGGUCAUCACCAUCAGAGAGCUUGGGGGCUGCAUGGGCCCCAUCUGGCCCAGUUACUAUGGAAACUGCCACACUCUCCUGUUCAUGGUGGACGCUUCUGACCCCACCCAGCUCUCAGCAUCCUGUGCGCACCUCCUGGGGCUCCUGUCUGCAGAACAACUCGCAGAAGUGUCAGUCCUGAUAAUCUUCAAUAAAAUCGACCUGCCCUGUUACAUGAGCGUGGAGGAGAUGAAGUCGUUAGUAAGGCUUUCGGACAUCAUCGCCUGUGCCAGGCAGAACAUCAACACGGUGGAAGUCAGUGCCCGGGAAGGCACAGGUGUGGCCGGGGUGCUUCGCUGGCUACAGGACACGCACAGAUCCAGCAGUUGA